AUGUUUUCGAGCUUUAAUGAAGAGUUUCCAAGUUAGAGUUUCCUGAAUAACAAUGAUAGCAUGAUCAAACACAUUAAUGCCGAUCUUAAACAAGAAGAAAGUAAAAGAGGAGGAGAGUAUACUCACACUGAGGUACAAUAGGAUGAGUUUGAGAUGGAUUAUGCUUAAGUAGAGGACAAGAAAAAUGCAUCUUCAUUUAUUCUACAACGCAAUAUGCUUAAUAAUAGCAGCAUAAUUGAGUAAAGAGAUGAAGAUGAAUAAGGAAAUAACCAAGCUUCAAUGCAUUUUUCAGAUGAUGGUACUUCUCAAGGUGAUCAUUCUUUUUCGAAGUCUGUAACGAACUCAAUUGUUAAUCCUACCGAAAUUUCAAGAUUUUCUCAACUCUAAAAGAAUCCAUAGUUCGCUGAUUAGAUGAAAAGACUUAUAAAUCUAUAUGAGGAGGAUGACAAGAAAAAAUUAAAAAAAGAAGCUGCUAUUGUCAACUAAAUGAACCAUAACAGAUAUAAGUCAACUGAUAGUGCUAUUAGAGGUAAAAUGAUGAAUCCUUUGGACGGUGAAAAGAGCUUCCAUUAUGAAAUUGAAAAAUAUGGGACUAAUUUUCCUGAGAGAUAUAUAAACAAUGGUGAGUAUGAGGAGCUGAGGCACAAUAACUGUAAUCCUAUCAUAUUUUAAAUGGACUAUCUCUUUUCAGAGAUGAGAAAAGAAUAUAUCAAAGGACUUAUAUUUCAAUUCAAUUAAUAUAACAACUUACAAGAAAGCGAGAUUGUUCCUGUUCCUUAAGAAAUAAUCAAGAAAGAUAAUUAAUUUCUACAAAGCAUGAAAAGAUGCCACGUUUUUAAUAGAAUAUUCGAGUAGGUUUAUCCUUUAGAGACUGACAGUCUUCUUAAACGGGCUGAAACAAAGAGACUUAGUAAAAUGGUUGAUAAUCUAUUCGCAAGUGGCAAGGACAAAGCUCCCAGAGCUGUUAUAAAGAAUGAAAGUAACAAGUUUGUGUUUCUCUUGUUUAGUUUUGAUUUAAAAGAAAUUCACCGGUUAUUUAGGAAGUUUUACUUAGAAUUGGAUAAAGAUGAAAAUAUGAUAUUUGAUUAAAAUGACAUGAUUGACUGCUUUGAGACUUUCAGUAACCCUGAGAUGCUUGGUAUAGAAAGAAUGAAAAAUAUUUUAAACAUUAUAAAAAAGAACACCACAACUGAUGCGGGAAUCAUGUCAAUAUUUAAAGAGGGACAUUAUUCUAAGUUAAACUUCCCACGCGAAGUUUAUGAGUAGAUUUUUCAGACCAUGCAAAAAGAUGGACAAGAUUACAUUGAUUUUUUCAUAUUCCUGCCAUUUUUAUAAAUAUUCUUUCUCUAUAAAGAAACAAAAGGAGGAAUCUUUUAAUGCUUUAAAAGAGCAGGGCUUAAUAUAAAGAAUAACAACAGUUAUGAAAAGUGCAUUAGCUAUCGUAUGGUUGAGUCCAUGAUUAUUGAUAUGAGAGGAUAUUAUCAAGAUUCAUUUGGAUUUGAUUAGAUGGAGAAUGUCUUAAGAUAGGUGUAAUAGAGAAUGCAAGUUGAUCCCAUUAGCUUAAUUGAGAGAUAAAAGUAGUCAUAUGGAGAACCAAAUAAAGAGGUUUAAAGUUUUUCAUAAUGGCUAGCCUAUAUAAUUGGUCUAUAACUUAUGUGGUCUGAGAUUAGAAAAAGAGAAAUGGAUUUCAAAUAGUAAUCGAGGGAAAGGCUAGCUUUUGAUUUUUAAUUCGAGGAAAAAAUGUGGAAAUUAGCAUCUUGCGUGGAUAAUUUUGAACUUAAAGAAUUCCCUGCUAAAAUUGUGGAAGGAAUUGCAAAUAGAGUGAGAUUAAGAGAAUUUAACAGAAGAGAGCUUCAUAGAAAAAUAAAUGAGUUGUCUGGUGAAGGUGAUCCCUUACCAUCUUCCUCAAGAUACAAUCAAAGACUGAAUUUUUACUAUAUACAUGAGUUCACAGAUUCAUUAACUGAAGUGUUCCAGCAUUACUGCCCAUGGAUCAAAUACUCACUAGUUGAAAGAGCACUUUACUAUUAUUUCUGGAAUUUGAUUCAUAAAUCUAGCGUAAACUAUCAACCUGAGGCAUCUCUUAACAAUUCAAGAAUCAAUGAGAGUUUCAAUAGCAGUUUGAUGGACAUUCCAAUGCCAAAAAAUGUUAAGACAGAUGCAGACAAUGACUUACUUAAAAUAUUUGGAGAAUAGUUUGAAAAAGCAAGAGCUAAAAAUGGAAGAGAUUUUACAAACUCCAAGUUGUUCACAAAACUCACCAAUAUCAAAUUCAUGAGGCAAAUUUAAAUUGAAACCGACCCAUACAACUUGGCAAACUAAUGCGAUAAGAUACUCUACUAAGAUUGCCUUAGGAUGAUGAAUGAACAUUCAAUGAAGCUGCUAAUAGAAGACUAAAUCAAUUAUUCAAGAUCUUAAGAUGAACUGACAACAAAUGAGAAAUUAUUGCUAGAGGGGAAAACUGAGGAUAUAAAUAAGCCUAACAAUGGAACAGGGACAAUAACUCUUUAAAAGAAUGAAAAUGAUUAUUAGCAAGACAAUGAAGCAAGUAAAAAUUUAUCUGGACUCCAUUCGAGUUAUCUACCGACGUAAUCUGAUAACUAGAAAACGGAUGAAGCUAACCAUAUGAAAAGAAUAAAAAUGAUAGGUCUAACUGAUAACAAAAAGAGGAAACAAAAGUUUUUGAAGAAGUUUUCUGGAGAUAUGAUAGAGGCUGCAGAAGAGGCUAAAAAGAAGGAGGAAAUAAAAAAGAAGGUCAUUGAAAAUACACUCAAAGGUGAUCAAGAAGAAGAUGAAGAAGAAGAGAAAAGAGACUUAAUAGGAGUUAUGCUAACUUCAAAGAAACUUGAAGAGCCACUAAAGAUGUAUGAUCAAAGAGAAAUAGAUGAAAAAAUGGUGAAAAGAAAACAAAGUUUACUAAAUAGUUAGGACAAGCUCGAUUUAAACAAGAAGCACUUCUUUUAAGAAGCUAAUUUUGUGCCUGAAGAGCACUUUAAUAAAAGCAAUAAAUUUGAAAAAAUAGACCUUUACAAAAAAGUAGAAAAAAAUCGGCUACAUAAUUAAUUUGAAGAUGAUGGUCAUGAAACUGCUUAACCUAAAAACAAGUAUAAAAUUCAUACUGGUGCUGAGAUCUUAAAACCUGCCACAAAUGACUAAACUUUUGGAAAGAGAAAUCAUUAAAAGAACAGGAUUACUUUUGAAAAGAGAGAAAACUCAUAAAUUUUGGUUGAUUAAAGGCGUUUAUUGAAUGCUAGAAAGUUAAAGGUCUAAAUGCUUAAUGAGUUUUAUAGAAAUGACUUGGAGUUUAAGGAAGAUGAUUAUAAUCGCUCUUAACUAAUUUAUGGAAAUUUAUUACUUUUAUGA